AUGGAAGGCUUCCUAGAGUCUGGAAAAUACUCUGACUUCACGGUCAUAUGUGGUCCGAAGGAGUGGAAGGUCCAUCGAGCCAUCAUCUGUCCUCAGUCCGAGUACUUUUCGACAGUCUGCGACAGUAGCUUCAAGGAAGCAAAAAAUGCCGAAAUUGACUUGUCAAAUGAGCUUCCUCUCGAUAUCGAGACAAUGCUCAAAUUCUUGUACACUGGAGACUACACAGUUGUCCAGACGGAAGAAGAUCUACCAAUUAACAAUCUGGACGGCGAUGCUAUAUCAGCACUAUCCUCAUUAAAAAUGGCCGGCGGGGGAGAUGCCGGUUGGGUGGAUCCGGAAGACCAGCUAUUCCCAAGUAGCUCGGAACUCUCCACGACGCAACUCAACGCGGUUACGUCCGAAGAUAUCCAUCGGCAGCAUCGCCAUAUUGUCAUGUACGCCCUUGGAGACCAGUACAUGAUCGAGAAGCUCAAGGCUUAUGCAGCCAAGAAGUUUCAAGAUAACAUGCCAGAUAAAUGGGUACCCGCUCAUUGGCAACUGUUAGAUGACAUCGAAGCGAGGACUUUGCCAACAGACCAGGCCCUCAGAGCUCCCAUAAUGGAUUUGUGGCUCAAGGACGGACUCCAGCUUUUUGGAAGCGAAGAGUUUCGCGAGAAUAUUUCUCGAUUUCCGGCAAUGGAACUUGAAUUCCUCCGUCAACACGCUACGAAUAUCUCCGCUGAAGUUUCGGCCCUUCAAGGUAUGUUGAGAAUCCGCGUGAUAGACCUCGAGGAUCGAGAAACCACUUUAAGAGAGCUCAAUACUCGAAGAGAUACCGUCAAGGGCUCCCUAAGAGAUAUGGCUUCAUCUCUCAAUAAGUCGACAAAAUGCCGUCACUGCGGCGAACGGUUUGGUGGCCUUUUGGAGGAACAGUCAGCAGCAAACAACCACCAUGUGUGGUAUCUAAUGAGAUGCAGGGUCUGCCGGACAAAGCAUCCACCAGGAGGCGUUGGGUUUGGGUUUUAA